AUGGAUUUAUCAACCAGAGGAGAAGAAAAUGAAACCCAGGAUCAUCAUCAGCCCAGUUCAGAGAAAUCAAGAUUAAACGACGGUAUGGAUUCCGACGGUGCUACCGGAGCUGAAUUGGUUUCCGGGAAGGAUCAGGGAAUUAAAAAUGGUUUUUCUUCCGAAGAAAAAGCCGACGACAGCAAUUUGAAUAGCGAUGAUCACGCCGGGAAACAUAUUGAAGAUGUCGUCAAGUACAACGAUGCCGUUUCAUCAGUUGAAACGGUCCAACAACCACAUGCGCAUCUCCCAAAGCCAGAGGCCCCACCAGGCGUUAUUAAUGAUGUCACGUGCGCAUCCCCUCCUUCCCCACGUGACUUCUCCCGGUCGCAAUCCUCGCCGGCGGAGAUUCGAGACUUCGAGAUUCCGGCCAUCGGGAAAUUCUUCCGGGAGAAAAGCAACAGCCUCUCGUCAGCCAUCACGAGGAGGAUAUCGUCACUGAAAGACAACAAAACCACGUCGCCGGGAGCUCUAAUGGCUUCGGAAGCCGCCGGCGGCGGGAAAUGGAAGUCGUACGUGACGGAGAUAAACUUGUCGGGGUUAAAAGUGGUGGUGAAUUUAAAACCCACCGCCGAGAAGGAGAAAAGGCUAUUGGGACGGAUAAGCUUCUUCUCGAGAUCAAACUGUAGGGAUUGCGGUGCUGUUCGGACAUUUCUCCGGGAAAGAAACCUUAAUUUUGUGGAAAUUAACGUGGAUGUUUAUCCGUCGAGGGAGAAGGAACUGAUUGAGAGGACAGGGAAUGCGACGGUGCCGAAGAUUUUCUUCAACGAGAAGUUAAUCGGGGGAUUGGUGGCGCUGAAUUCGUUGAGGAAUAGUGGUGUUUUGGAUGCCAAAUUGGAAGAGAUGUUGGCCGGGAAAUGUCCGCCGGAGGCACCGGAGCCGCCGGUGUACGGGUUUGACGAUGAUGAUGUGGCCGCGGCGGGGGAUGAGGAGGCUGAUGAAAUGUUGAACAUAGUGAGAGUGUUACGGCAGAGAUUGCCAAUUCAGGACCGUCUGAUGAAGAUGAAGAUAGUCAAGAAUUGUUUCGCCGGUCGUGAGCUUGUGGAGAUUUUGAUACACCACUUGGAUUGCGGCCGAUCAAAGGCCGUUGAGAUUGGGAAGCAGCUAGCACGUAAACAUUUCAUUCACCAUGUAUUCGGGGAAAAUGAAUUUGAGGAUGGUAAUCACUUCUAUAGAUUCCUUGAGCACGAGCCUUUUAUUCUUAAAUGCUACAAUUUUCGGGGAGCAACAAAUGACACUGAGCCGAAGGCUGCAGCUCUACUAAACCUGAGACUGAUGAGGAUUAUGUCUGCAAUCCUUGAGGCCUAUGCCUCUGAUGAUCAUAAGCAUCUUGAUUAUGUGAAGAUAAGCAAAAGCGAAGAAUUUCGAAGAUAUAUUCAUGUAGUUCAAGAUCUCCAAAGAGUCAACAUCUUUAAUCUUUCAGCAGAAGAGAAGUUGUCUUUUUUUCUGAACAUCUACAAUGCCAUGGCGAUACAUGCAGUGAUUAGGAUUGGUCAUCCUGGGGGAAUCAUUGACAGAAGAUCAUUUUUCUCCGAUUUCAUUUAUGUCAUUGGGGGUUAUCCAUUUUCUCUUACAGCAAUCAGAAAUGGAAUUCUCAGAAGUAAUCGAAGAGCUCCUUUCUCAUUAGUCAAACCCUUCAGUGGUGGAGACAAGCGUCUGCAGCUGGCUCUUCCGAAAGUGAACCAAUUGAGUCAUUUUGGUCUUUGCAAUGGCACAAGAUCGAGUCCGGCUGUCAAGUUUUUCACUCCCCAAGGUGUUGAGUCUGAACUAAGAAGUGCUGCUAGAGAGUUCUUCAUCAGGGAUGAUGCGAUGCAGGUUGAUCUUUCUAAGAGGACUGUUUAUCUCACUCGCAUAAUUAGUUGGUACAGCGCAGAUUUUGGCCAAGAAAAGGAGAUCCUAAAAUGGAUGAUAAGUUACUUAGAUGCUACCAAGGCAGGUCUUUUGACCCAUCUUUUAAGUGAUGGUGGCCCUGUAAAUAUUGUUUACCAUGGCUAUGAUUGGUCAUUAAAUUCCUGA